AUGCCUCCACCAACUCCUGCCAACGAUGAAGCUCACCAGCAGCUGUUGAACACUCUAGACAUUUCACAUGUUCCCAAGCCCUUCCGCAACCCUCACUGGAAACCGUCCCAGCGGCGCAACAAGAAUCUGAAGCAGAUUAUCUCAGAGGCCUCUCGGAAGGAGGCUUCAGUACUGGCAACUCAAGCCAACUCGGGCGAAACUACGCCUGGUAACUCGGGCGCUCUCACCGAUGGCACACAAACCCCCGCAGAAGGGGCAGCACCCAACCUGUCCCAGGCCACCCAAAACCUCUCGACUCUCGUCCUGGAGAAGAAUGCUCGGGCGACAUUCCCAACCGGGCCUGCUGUCACCUACACGAACAUCGAAUCGGCACCAUCGUUCAACCCUGCCUACCAGCAUCACUACUGCGACAUCACGGGCCUGGACGGACCUUACACCGACCCCAAGACCCGGCUGCGGUAUCACAACAAGGAGAUAUAUAAGGUGAUCCGGACUCUGGCACAGGGUGUUCCAGAAAACUACCUGGAAGCCCGCGGGGCGCACACUAUUUUGAAGUAA